CGCCCUUUGCAGUGGAAGCACAGAGUCUUAACCACUGGACCGCCAGGGAAGUCCCUCAGUUUGUUUCUCCCUUUAUCCACUUAUUUAAAAGUACUGUUGUGCACUGAUCACUGUCUUAGAUAACUGUGUAGGCACUGGGCAUGCAUUGUGAUCCAAACAGACCAAAAUCUCUACCCUGUGGAGCUUGCAUUCCACUUAGGGCCCUCGGGAGCGGGUUUGGGCUCUGGUAGAGGAAAUGUCCAGGUCGCACUACCUUUUGAGAAGCGUAACAGGCAGGCCAGAGCCACCUUCUGCUUCCCUAGGCUCCCAAGUGUACUGCUUUCCCCCUUUGAAUGGUGUGCUUUGAAAAAUGAGUACAAUAUAGAGGGGUAUGUUAGAAGGUCAUAAAUGCCAAGAAGAAAAAUCAAGCAGAGAAGUGGGAUAGUGAAGAGGAGUUGGCAGUUUUAGGUGGGGUGCCAGGAAAGGCCACGCUGAGAAGGUGACGCUGCAGGAAAGACCCAAGGAGGCGAGGAACCAGCUGUGCAUCUGGCUGGGGGAAGAAUGUUCCAGGCAGAGGGAACUCGAAGCCCUGGGGCAGGAAUGCCUGGCUCGGUCAGUAAUACCAGGGAGGCUGGGGAGGCCAGGGUGAGGGUACGGGGCAGAGGUGAGCUUGGGGCCCCUCGCCAUUGGAAGGGCUUUGACUUUUACUCUGUGCUGAGAAACACUGGAGGGUUUUGAACACAGGUGUGGCAUGGUUAGAGAAAGAGAGGGACGAUGGGGGGACCUUCUUCCCUCCAUCUGUCACUGUCCCGACAAAACCUCUCCUAAUCGUAUCUGCACAGAAAUAGAAAAUGAACCAAGUAGAGCCGUACGAGAGAGCGUAAGGGCCCUGAGCACCUGAAGUAGAUAAAGGGUUGUGAGGAACAGAGGCAAGAUGGUCUUAGUCAUUGGAAGCUGGGUUUUCAGAGACUCUUCUGAAUUUUAUACAGCUCUUAGGCUCAUGAAAACUGAUCCCUUUCCUUUGUAAGCUUGUUUGUCAGGUGCGUUCUUUUUCCUUGGCAAAGCCUGAUCUGCUUUAUCCUGAUCAGUAAUUAUUGGAUUCAGUAAAAGUCUUUCCUAUUUCCUUGGAAAUAAGGAGUCAGAUCUUUUCUUACCCGAAAAGUCCUGAAAUGUUAAACAGCUUCAGUUGGAUUGCAAGGGGCAUCUGUGUGCUUGUGCAUUGCUGGCUGUGCCUGCAAAAUAUAGGAAGGAACUUUUCUUCCCUGGCAAACCCAACUUUGAUUAUACUGACGGCUUUUUAACUACUGUUUUCUCUUAACUGCAGAUAACUUGUUUAUCCCUACGGUAAAGAAGGCACGUGGCUGAUGAGCAGGGAGGCGAGGCCGCAGAGUGAGGCAGAGGGGCAGGCCUGGGAAGCAGAGGACGAUGACAUGGCAGAAGGCGAUUUAGGGUAUGGCCUCAGAAGAAGGCCCGGCGGCAUUUAUGAAGUGCAAGUUUCACAUUUAUUUACAUCUAGAAAAAGAUCAGAUGGAAAGGCCUUUAGUCCUCCCCCGUUUUCAAGAAAUGGGGAAGAAAGAAACAGUGCCGUUUUUCAGUAUUCCAAGCAUAAGAGCUUGCAUGAUACACACCCGGAAGGACCCCAAAUUCCCUAUCACGGCCGACAAAGUAGCACUGUAGAUUCUAAUUCAGAGUUGUCAAAUGUGGAAUUAAGGCAACGUCUUCAGGAAACUUUAGAGGAGGUAGAAAUUUUGAAAACUGAACUUGAGGCAUCUCAAAGACAUCUUGAAGGUAAAGAGGAAGCAUUGAGAAUUCUUCAAAGCAAUGCAAUAUUUGGCAAAGCCACAAGUCAUACCCAGGCAGUGCUUCAAAAAACUGUGGAACAAAAGAGAUCCUUGGAGAAGGAAAUAAAUGCCUUGCAGUGGGAAAUAGAAUUUGAUCGCAAUAGAUUUAAAAAUAUAGAGGAAUCUUGGAUCCAAAAAUAUGACAGGCUAAACUGUGAAAAUGCAGUCCUCAAAGAAACUUUGAAACUGAAAACAGAAGAAAUUAAAAUGCUCAAGUCUGAAAAUACAAUUUUGAAUCAACAGUAUUUGGAGGCCCUCGCCAUGCUUGAUAUCAAACAGCAGAAGAUGGCUCAGGAAAACACAUGCCAGGACACAAGUGGCUUUACAGAGGUUUCAGGUCUUGAGCUUGCAGUCCUGGGAGCCUGCCUUUGUCACGGUCCCAGAGGGAGCCCCUGUACCUGUGCCAGACUGGCAGCAUCUACUCGGAAAAUGCUCCUUCAGGUCAAACAGGAGUUGGAACUUCUGCAGAAGAGUAAAGAAGAAGCCUACAUAAUGGCAGAUGCAUUCAGAAUUGCAUUUGAGCAACAAUUAAUGAGGAAAAAUGACCAGGCACUAAGAUUGACACAAAUGGAUAAAAUGUGUAAGAAAGCAACAAAAGGGACAAAUUGGAAGCACCUUAAAGAUGAUGGGUUACCAUCACAAAGGAGUAAGAAGACCUUAGGGCAGAAACUGUUGGGUAUGCUCCCUCUGGAAAACAGUUCUAAGAGUACUGAUGACCAGCAUGAUCCUCAGGAAGUCUUUAAGAUGCUAACAGAUUUGUUAAAUGAUAAAGAAGAAGCUUUGGCUCAUCAAAGAAAAGUUAGUUACAUGCUUGCUCGGGCUUUGGAAGACAGAGGCACCACCUCAAAAGAGAAUAAAGAAAAAAAUCCUAUGAAAGACAAUUCUCCAUUAAAAAACCCCUGGCAGAAAACUUCAGAAUUCCCUGUUUUACAUGAUCCUGUACAUUCAAGUGUUCAAAUUUUUAAUUCUGUGGGCUGCAUUUGUUCAAUUCAGCACUUUCAAACAGAUCAAUACCACACAAGAACUCUUAAAAGAUCCUAUUCUUUGCCAUCAAAUAUCAUGUACUGAAGACCAGUUGAAAUUAGAACUGAGAGCUGUUUAUAUCGAGACUUUGAAAACGGACCAUGUAAAUGUUGCUACAUCUUCAGAAGUUGUGUUUUCUGGGUAUUCUAAAUUUGGGGAAGCAGCUUAAAUAAAUGUUCUCUACAAGACA